AUGUCCACUGGAUCAUCAAACUUCGGAAUAGCCAAUUAUGUUGAGGGUCGAAAUGGAAAGAAUAAAGUUCUCGUUUAUAUGAGCCGAGUCCAUCGGUCGCGAGUUUACACAUUUCAACUUUCUGCAAAAUUCAAGGUUCCUGGUUUGGUUUCAUGGAAAUGUUCGACAUGCGCAAAAAUAAAAAAUGAAUAUACCGCAUUGGGGACGAGAUUGGAUCGAAAAGUGCCAUUGAUUCUUGUCGAUAAUGAUGUGAUUAAAGAAGAUCCCGAUCGGCCUCUUAAUGCUGAACAUUUUUGUAAAGGGAAACCAGCUGUUGAUGCUGCGCUUCAACGUUCAAAAAUUGUAUUUUACUCGAAAAAGAUGCAGGCGGUUAAAGGAUCAAAAGAUCCCGAAAAACUUUUUCAACAAUUUUCCCAAGAAGCUAUUGAAAGCGGUUCCGAACUGCUAGUAAAUAUGACAAAACGUGAAGAAGACGACAAGGAAAGAGCGGAAUUAGCCGAGAUAUUUUCCGACGGUGAUAUCAUUUUGGGGAACAUGCAGGAUGUUGCUUAUGAUAUUGAACUUCGUUUUUUGGCGGAUUUGACUGACGAAGUCAGCGUCGACAUGAAUUCUAAUAAACUCAAUCGAAACCCCGAGGAAGUUAUGAAUGAAAGCAAUUCUUCCAACAACGAUCACCCAUGUGAUAGUGCGACCGCCGGAUUCCCCGACAUCGGAAAAUUGUCGAUCGUCGAGGAAAAUGAUGCAAAUGUCUCGUUUGGAACUGAGAGUGGAUUCAAUGAAUCAAUGGAAGAGCGUCCCUUAUCAUUUCCUGACAAACCGUAUUACUGGAUGAAUGAUCAUAAGACGAUUCAGUUCAUUCGAGAAAAUUUCGCGCCAGGAAGCUUCUAUAUAAUGUACAAUGGAAAAAUUAUUGAGGAUUUUGAGAAAUUUGUCGAGAAUUUUUGGGAUCAGCAACUCGUCAAAUAUUCUUUCCAUUUGCGGAUGAAAGGCGGAAAAGGAGGAUUCGGCUCACUUUUGCGGUCUUUUCGUGUGAACAAAAGUACUAAUAAAUUGAUGAUGCGCGAUUUGAACGGCAGACGAUUGGCAUCGGUGGACGAAGAAAAUAAAUUAAGAAGAUAUCUCGAGAGACAAGCUCGAAAGGAAGAGGAAAUGAAACAAAAGAGAAAAGCAAAACUGGAAAGACUCACGGCUCCCGCUCCGAAACAUCAGUUUGAAGAUCAGGAAUAUUUAUCGAGAAGAGAGGAAAUCAUUGAAAAGACUGAAGAUGCUUGCGAAGCAGGAUUUGCUUAUAUGAAGGAAAUAAAGAAGAAGAGAAUAAAUUCUACAAAUGGGCAGGAAGCUGGCGAUGAGUCUGAAAUUGAGGAUGUCGCCGAUCUCUUCCAUGAUCGUGGCGGAAGAAAAAGAAAGAUUGAUGCACCUUCUAUUGAUGACGGCGAAGAUCUGAAGAAACGUCGCGACUACGAAGAAAUGUCAAGUGAUAGUGAAGAUGAUUCGGAAAAUGAGCCAGAUGCUGAAGAAUUAGAGGCAAUUCGUGCUUAUUUCAAGGAGCGUGAUGCCAAGAAGCCGGAGGAAGAAGGUCAAAGUUCAAGUGAUUCGAAAGUUGAGGUCAACGAAAGUGUGAAGACAGAGAAGACGCUUGAUUGCGCCUCCAAUGUCGAUGAUUUGCCAAUGAUCAAAGAGGCUACAAAAUGCGAGUAUGCUCCAAUUAAUCUGGACGAGUUCUCAUCUAUCGAUGAUCUGGAACUUCUUGGUCUAGAGCAUCUUAAAAGUGCGCUGACAGAGCGUGGCCUCAAAUGCGGCGGUACGUUGUCGGAACGCGCCGCCCGUCUAUUCUCCGUCAAGGGUCUCACCCCACACGAAUAUCCAAAGAACAUUUUGACUCCAGAAAUGAAGAAGAAAAUCAUUGAGGAGGAAGAAGCUUCCCGAAAUGCUGCUAAGAAGAACAAGAAAAAGAAGGCAAAUAAAUAA